AUGACGGAGGAGCGAUCAUGGGCUCAACAAACCGUCGAUAGGUUCUUCGAGAUUCGUCAAUCUCCGACCCAGUUAGACUGCGAUGACUACGCUCGUAGGAUCACAGGUGCUCCUACUGUUCAAGAAGUUACCAUUCCGGGCUCGCUGAGCUACACAAUUCUUUGCAAAGGUAACUCAGAUGGGCGACCUGAUACGAUCGUGUCUUUUCGACAACCAGGGUCUUCCUUGGACCAAACAGUGAUUGAGCUGGCAAGAUUUAUCCACGGCGAUCUGGUACCAGAAGCUACUUGUCACGGCAAAAUGCCAGGUUCAGAUCCACCUUUGCUCGUUUAUACGAUGGCCUGUUUAUCAGGUAGUCCUUGCAUACAGUUAUUCGGCACCGAAACUGAGUUGAGCCCCAAAGAGGAAGCCAGAUACAUGUGUUUUGUCAAACAUCUAGCCAGAUACUUCGCUCGGUGUUGGUUAAAUCCACAACCAGUAGAUCCUACGGUGUCGGCAAGCUAUAGGGACGCAAUCUAUCGCCGGGUUGAGAAAAUAAGAAAUCUUCCAAAUCUGUUCAGUCAAGUAUAUGUGCAAGUCCUGACACACAACGACCUGUCCCAAACAAACAAUCUGAUCAGCGAGGAUAACUUUGAAAUUACUGGUAUUGUCGAUUUGUCAUUGGCUAAAGCACUGCCGUUUGGCAUGGAACUGGACACUCUGCUACUAUUCACUGGUUACAUGGAUCUCAGCGGCUGGCACAAUUAUACGUGCCGUGAACGCAUGAUUAGUUACUUUUGGGAUGAAUUCUGGGCUCACAGUCGUGUUUUUGAUGAUGUACGUCAGCACGAGAUUCGUACCAUGGCGAUGCAAGCCACCAAGAUCGGCGCAGUGCUGCGCUACGCAUUCCAGCGUAACACGAUGGUUCCCCAUCCGAGGAAUUAA